AUGGAGGAGAGAGAAGCACUGAAGAGGCAAAUUGAACUUUUACAAAAUCUCAUCAAUAAACAUAAGAGCAUCCACGGUGACGCACCAUUUACAGGAACUGAGCAGAGGCGUCCAGAAGCUUCAACAUCAGCCCGAGGCAGAGGUCAAAGCACAUCUGUUUUCCAUCCUCACAGCUCUUCAGGAACACUAUAUUAUCCUCAGAGCAGAGGAAGUUGGAAGAAAACAUACUCACUGAAAAAUAAGAGCCCGCAGUCCUCUGUUGGACAUCCUUCAGCUUCUACCUCCUCCUCCUCCUCCUCCUCCUCCUCCUCCUCCUCCACUGUUCACCAGUCUACUUCCCAGUGUACAACUCACAGCACCUCACUGCCCAGUCACAGCAGAGGAAAAGAGGGGGAUGUCACUUUAUCAUCAGAGGUUGCUCAACAGAAGAAAAAGGGACACUUAAACAGCAAAAACACGAAUACUCUUGGAAAACUUGGUGCAGUGGUGUCUCAGGAUGAAAAUGAAAAACAAGCUUCAAGUUCAGCAGGGACUAGUGUGCAAUGUGAAAUUCUACACAGACACUCUCAAGAAUUUCAGCAUGGGGCUGAAAACAGACAUGUAGUCCUAUCAGGAAAAACUAUUAAUUCUUCAGUCGUGCCAUCAUCACUCACAGUGAACACCUCAACCAGUUUGCAGAGCAGCUCCCAAGUACAGGUUCAACCUUCCCAGACCAGCAAAACCUCCACUGCAACGAAACAGAGUAUUACUACCACAACUCCAGCAGUUCUCACAGCUGGAAAUACCACACCAGCUUUUUCUGCUCCGUCAAGAGUAUUGAAACCACCUUCCCUUAACCCCUCGUCUCAGAACAGCCAGGCCCAAAUUAGGGCAUCUUUUUUGAAAAAGUCAAAGUUCACAUGGGUAAAAAGCCAGGACAUUUCCUCCAUUGCAGGUAAAGCUGUGAUUGUUGCCCCAACAUCAGUCUUAAAGGCUGGAGCUGCCAGUGGUAGUCCCUCAGUCAGUAAGAGAAUCCCAGCUAAAAAGGUACCUCGAAAGCUCAGCCCAGUCAAUGUAGCCCACAAGACCUCAAAGUACAAAUGGAUCUCCUCUGCUGGAGCCCAAGCUAAGACAUCUCGAAAGUCUCUAUCUCCCAAAGCUUUGACUCUUGCUCAGAGAGUCCUGGAGAAGGGAGAUGCCACCAAGAGACUUAGGCCAAGUGCUUCUCCUUCUGCAAAAUUGAAAAAGGGAAUUGCAGGCUGCUCUACCAGUUCUCCACUUAGUAGCCGUUACUGUUGGAAGGCUGGGUGUCAGAGUACCUCUAUGGUAGCGACAGAAGGGGCCACAGUGGCCCGUUGUAGAUCUGCCUUCCACUGGACUGCAGAGAAAAGCAACAAAGGAAUAAAAGCAGGGCUUGUUGUUUCCCCAACUUUACCUCAGCGUGCCUCCUUGUCGUCUUCGCCUGGAGGAUUCAAGCUCCGCAGCAGGAUGAAAAUCAUCAGAAAGUCUGCUAGCAGUGGCAGUGGGUCAGAGAGGGGGAGCAGCCUGUCAACUGUAAAGUACUCCCAACGGGGCCGGAUACACACCUUCACCAGGAGUCCCAUGGGAGUUAAGAGGACACCCUCCAGGGAACUUGUGUCUUUUGGUAGACACAAGUUGAGGCGUCUUUCUCCCACCUUAUCAAGGACAAAUCCUGCCUCUUCCUCUCAUCGUAGUCCUGCCUCCCAACGGGUGUUCAGGACACACUACAAGAUGGUGACCCGCCCGGGCUUUAGCACCACGCACGUCCUGCACUAUAAUCCAGCCCUCUCCUGGCGAACCAAGAGGAUCCAGUCUGCCAGGAAUUUCCUUCAGAGCCGACUUCGACCUCCCCAUGACAGACACCCGUCAUCCAUCCAGCAGUGGAGAGGAAGCAGCAUGUGCUGGAUUCGGGGUUCCUUGUAUCGUGUGUCGGCCAAUAAGCUGUCCCGCACCGCGACAGCUAGCAUGUCGAUCAACCGAACAGGACAGUUCUCCAGCACCCAUGGCUCACACGUGAUUCCUGCCUUGACACGGCCCUUCAGCCCUCGUCACUUAGCCAGUCGUGCAGUCCAACGGAGUCUUGCCAUCAUUAGACAUGCUCGUCAGAAGAAGCAGCAAAAGCAGUACUGCAUGUACUAUAACCGCUUCGGCAAAUGUAACCGAGGGACAAGCUGUCCCUACAUACACGACCCAGACAAGGUGGCCGUCUGCACCAGAUUUUUGAGAGGGACGUGCAAGCAGGCAGAUGGCGUCUGCCCAUUCUCCCAUAAGGUCGCGAAGGAGAAGAUGCCGGUGUGUUCUUACUUCUUGAAGGGCAUCUGUAACAACAGCGACUGUCCCUACAGUCAUGUCUACGUGUCCCGCAACGCUGAAGUGUGUGAGGACUUUGUUAGAGGCUACUGUCCUGUGGGAGAGAAGUGUAAGAAGAAACACACUCUGGUGUGUCCAGACUUCUCUAAAACUGGCUCCUGCCCACGGGGCUCCCGCUGUAAGCUGCAGCACCGCCAACGAGUCAAACGAAGUGCCAGUAACAUCUCCGCCACUACAGCCAAAAAGGCACGCACUAAGGAGCCUUUGAAAAGGCCCCGUCUGUCGGUCGUCAUGCCACAGGACCCUCAGGCUGCUCCAGGGAUGCCCACUCUGGCCCUGCCGUCAUUUAUCUCCCUCUCCAGCUCUCCAGAGGAGGCAGAUGCACCAGACACACCGCCAGCAGACACUUCUCAAGUCAAAGGGAAAAAGCUGCAGAUCAAGCCUCGGCUGUAAGACUGCAGUGACCAGCAGCACUGGAGGUGAAAAGGUCUUAUUAAUAUGUGAUUUUUAAGUUUGCCCUGACAGAUAUAUUCCUUUCUCUUCCCUUUUAAUGAUUUCACUCAGGGCCUGAGAGUUUUAUCUUUAUCUAAAAACCUGGUUUACAUAUAUACUUCUGUUUACAAUCCAAUUCUUCUCAUCAGAUUUUGUAAAUUUUAAAAAGAAAAAUAAAGAAUGAGCUUUUAAUGUG